AUGCAACGAGAUGCGAAAUUCGCCGGCUCAAUGUACAGUACACAGGAAUAUAGACGAGUGGGAAGCUUCCGGUGCCAUCCAGAUCAGUUGCUGCCAUCAAAUGUCAUGCCCAGUCAUGCCCGGUCUUGCCCAGUCAUGUCAUUGCGGGCCUCCCUCGCCGCCACCAAGUCCUCCCAGAACUCGACCUUGCCUUGGGUCGUUAGGUAUAGGUACUUGGGUACCUACCUAGGUGGGCAUGCAGCGUGUGGCAGAGAGAGGGGUCUUGCACAAGCUCUACUUGACGACUCACACCGCCCACUCAACCCAGAAAAGUCUAUCCACUCACUCCAGGCCAGCCCUCCUCUGUGCCCCAAGUCCGAACCCGCUUUGCGAUACCACCCAUUAAUCUUCCCUCCGCUGUUACUUUUCUGCUGGGUAUCCUCUGACGUCUACACACGUCCUUCUCUACUCAAGAGUCUGGUCUUUUCUAUCACCUUCCAGUUCCCUUCGCUUCCUCGUCUUCGCCAUACUUGUGUCUCCUACAAAAUCACCAACAUCCCGCCUUCCCCUCCCACUUCCGUGGCUGUGAUAAGAGACAGAUCCAACUAA